AUGCCAUUUGAACUUAAAAACGUCGGACCAACAUAUCAGAGAAUGGUCAACAAAGUGUUCAAUGCUCAAAUCGGGAGAAACUUGGAAGUCUAUGUGGAUGACAUGAUAACAAAAAGCAAAGAAGCAAAAGAUCAUGCUAAAGAUCUUCGUGAAACAUUCUCCACCCUCAGGGACCACAUCAUGCGCCUCAACAUAGAAAAAUGUGUUUUUGGGGUAACUGCCAGAAAAUGCUUAGGCUUCCUUGUUGAUGAAAGACGCAUCGAAGCCAACCCGGAUAAAAUACAAGCUAUCCUUGACAUGCAAUGCCCCAAAUCCGUCAAAGAAGUACAAAAAUUGACUGAAGAAGCAUUCCAACAACUCAAGAAAUAUCUCGCCAACCUCCCCGAACUAGUUUCUCCAAUUGUCGGAGAAGUCUUAUCCCUUUAUGUGGCAGUCUCUGAUUACUCGUUAAGCGUCGUAUUAUUGGCUGAGAGAGAAAGAAAGAAGUUCCCUAUAUACUACAUCAGUCAGUCACAUCAAAUCCGAGUCAAAACAAGCCAACCCUUGAAAAAGAUCUUGGAAGGGAAUAAUCAAUCCUCCAGGGUAGCCGAUUGGUCCACCCAGUUGGCGGAUUUCGGUAUUGAAAUCGAACCACUCACUGCUAUCAAAGCUCAGGCUCUUGCUGAUUUUAUUCUAGAAACGACGGGAAUCAUUCCAAAUGACCCCAACGAAGAGUGGAAACUAUAUGUUGAUGGCUCAUCCACCAGAACCUCCACUGGGGCAGGCAUUAUCAUCAUUUCAUUGGCUAGAGUAAAGAUGGAACACGCAGUACGCUUUGAGUUUGUGGCCUCAAAUAAUGAGGUGGUGUAUGAAGCACUGCUUUUGGCUUAUUCAGACUCGCAGUUGAUAGUUGGUCAAGUGAAUGGCGAGUUUAAAGCCAAAGAUGACAGCAUGAGAAUGUACUUGCAAAAGAUUCGAAAAUGCUCAGCUGACUCGCUGGCCAAAUUGGCUAGUUUAGCCGAUGGUCCCAAAGCUCGCAACAUCACAUGGGAAAUUUUACCUAGCCCUAGCAUAAAUCAAUCAAUCACCAUGGUGGAUGCAUCCAACACUUGGAUGGAUCCCUUCAUCAAAUAUUUCCAACAAGGAACAGUGCUUGAUGAUUCGACACUUAUUCCCCCUUUUUUGAAAAAAGUGAAGUGGUACGCGUUCUACGAAGGCAAACUAUACAAAAAGUCAUUCACUCAUCCUCCACUAAAGUGCGUGACUCCUGAAGACGGUAAUUACAUACUCCGAGAAAUCCAUGAAGAAGGUUGUGGCAUUCACCAAGGUGUCAGAGCAAUCAUCAACAAGGCCAUAGGAAGUGCGUAUUAUUGGCCAACUUUGAAAGAAGAUGUAGAAUCCCUGAUCAAGUCCUGUUAA